GUGACACACACGCCAUAAUGUAAAUUGCUUCUAGGUUUGGCGUUUGAGUUAAUUUUUUUACAUUUUGAUGUUAAAAGUUAACUUUUAUCGUAAAUGUAUGGCAUUUAAAAUGUCCUCAGUAAAAAUUGGGUAAUUGUUUGCCAUGGCUCAAUAUUAUCAAAUAGCUGUUGGCCAAGGACAUUCAUUGACUUUAGAAGAUUUACAAAGAUACUGCCCUAAUAUAUGUUUAGAUGGCAGAAUAGUAGUUAAUCAAGAUGAUCAGCAGUAUGCUCCACAGCAAGUUGUAGUCCAACAAGCAGAUCAACCAAAUGAUAUUAUAGUUAGUGAAGGUGUUCAAGUUCAGCCUCAAUUAGUUGUUGGAGAUGGUUUACAAUAUCAACAACAAUACAUCAUUAGGCAUGACCAACCUCCACCACCACCACCUAACCGACCUGACUUUCAACAACAGCAAUCACAGCAACAGUCCCAACAGACACAUCAACAACAGACAUUGCUUAGACAUCAGGUGUACUACACUUCUAAUUUACCUGUAGACGCUCAGGUUGUGUUGCAACAAGCCCCACAGAUUAUUGAUGCAUCAUUGAUGCAACAGUCAUCUUCCCAGCGUCCACAACAUAUGGUGAGCCCCGUGCACGUACUGUCGUCGCCAUCGGUAUUACAUCCAGGUCAGCAGCCACCGCCUCAACCGCCGCCCCCACCACCUCCUCCACCACCGCCACCACCACCUCAACAUGGACCCCCGCAAAAUCAAAAUCAACAACAGCCACAGCUGGCAAGGGCAUCACCACAGCUUUUACAACAACUUCAACAACACCAGCAACAAAUCCAAUUCCAACAAUUGCAACAGCAACAGUUACAACAUCAACUUCAACAACAGCAACAACAACAACAUCAACAACACAUGCAGACUCAACAGAUUCAGCAUCAACAAGUUGUAAUGCAAACAGCAUAUAUCAAUCAAGCUGGCAAUCCACGACAAGCUCCACCGCGACUGUUGAAUCAAGCAUUAAGCAACCCUAGUGGGGUGACUCUAGUUCGUACUCCAGUAAGGACUGUUCGACCAAGACGACCAGCCUUACGAGCAACUAUGACUCCACCCCCGUUGCAAGUGCCUGCUAGACUUCUCAAUCCUCAAAUAUUACAACAGCAACAACAACAACAACAGCAGCAACAACAACAGCAACAACAUCAACAACAGCAGCAUCACCAGUUAGCACAACACAUUCUUGGUCAGCAACAGCAACAGCAACAACAGUUAAACCAACUCAAACUUACACAACAACAACAAAUUAUACUUAACCAAAGUCAACAUGGUCAACAAGCACGCAUAAUCACUCCACAGGGUACUAUUGUAACGCAAUGUAUCAGUCAGUCCCCUCUCUCGAUUCACACAGCACAAUCAAGCCAAAAUAAUGGACCUCUACCUCAACAAAAUACUUUAAAUGUUGCUCAGCAACACCCACCUAACCAGCAGUUACAGCAGAUUCAACAACAACAGGUCAAAAAAGUAGUUGUACAACCCAAUAAUGCCAAUGAUAUGGAUGAUCUCGAAGAAAGUAUUACAGCAGCAAUAGUUCAAAAAUCUAUCGUUAAUGAGAAUAUAAAUUCGUCGCAACAAUUCCACACGGCUCCGCCGCUGCGACAAGGACCAAGCACAGCGCCGCCUGCAUCUAUAAAUUCUGGAAUGCCACAACAUCAAAUAAAUUUUGUGCCCCAACAUAAUUUCCAACAGAAUCAAGUUGUUUAUGAAAACUCUCACGUGCAACAACCACAGCAUCAACCCCAAACUAUAACUCAAUUAUUAAUGGAGCAAGAUAAUCCUGAUGAGGAACGGCAGUUUUUCACGUUGUCGAAUGGUCAGAGGAUUACCGUCGCAGAGUUUAGGCGGAUACAGACGUCGCGCGUUAUGUCGCAACAGACUUCCCGAGUUAUGUCCCAACACAUUCAUCAACAACAGCUCCAACAACAGCAACAGCAACCAAGGGAUACUGGCCGCCAGACAUUAGUUAAAAGUAAAGAACAACAAAGACCAGUGCAAAGAGUACCUCCAAUGCAGACACAACAACAAGCUCCACACUCUGAAAACCAUGAAGCUGGUGGUCCAUCUGAACAAUCUGCAGAACCUCAAUCCGCAAAGAUGUUAAUAUUUCUCCAAAAUGGAGAGCAAAGACUAAUAACAUUUACACUGCCAAAGGAAAGUUGUACACUUCAAGAAGUUUUGGAACAGGUUAAUGUACCAUUUACAGAAGAUACUCAUAUACAAUGUAUGCAAAAUACCAGUAGUGAAAUUGAUUAUUUUGUAUCAGUAGGUUCUACAACACGUAUAGAAGAAAUGGUAGAGAAUCAUCCGAUGUUAGUGGGUGAUAUUAGCAGUAGAAGUUCUCCUAAUGUGACAACACAAUCUCAAAAUAGUGAAAUGUCCACACCAGAGAAAGGACCUUGUCCUGACAACUCUAACAACAGCCCCGAGUCGCCUAAAUCACCUCCUCCACGCUUUGUAGAUGGGAAACUUGCAGUUUGCAAAUCUUGCGGUUAUACUGGCUUCGAUUUUAGUCGUUGUCAACGGUGUAAAAGAGUUUUCACAGAAGAACCGAAAAGUGUUCCAUUGGCAAGUAAAAAUGUAGAACAAAAGAAGAAAGAUACUGACAAACCAAAUCUAGAUAAGCAAAUAACUUGCAGUGAAAGCAUUAAGAUGAACCUGCUCAAAACGUCAAUCAAAACGUUUAGUAAUAAAACUAUUGUACCAGAGAAAAAACCUGGAAGAGUAAGAAAACCAAGGGGAAAGCAGCCUGAUCCUGAACCAGUUAUAUUAACAUUAAGUUCUGAUGAAGAAGACUCAAAUAGUUCAAUGCUAAGUAAUCAGAUGGAACAGUCAGCAACUAUGAAAGAACCAUCACUGAGUGAAAUAGAAGGUGGAACACCAGACAGUGGCAUUGGAUUUGAUAAUAUGGAUGAUGAAAGCAGGGAAGAAAUAAGUCAAAAUGUAUCAGGAAUUGUGGCUUCUCUAAAUUGUAGAACUAUUAGAAUUGGUUCAUAUAGAUAUACACCAAAGGAAAAGGUUUACAUAUCAUCUAGAGGUAUAAAGAUUGUUGCUCCUUCAUUAAAAAAUGAAUCUAAAGAAGUAGCACUCCAAAUCCAAUUAAAAGAAGUUGUUAGGAUACUGAUUCAUUUUGGCAAAGGACUACCGGUUAUUUUUCUGUACACAAAAAGCAAAUGUGGUGUUUAUAUAAGAAAAAUGUUGGAUAUGGUUGAGGACCUAGGUCCAUAUUAUAAUCCAAUGUCGAAGAUAGACCCUUACAAAAGGAUAACCUUAUUACCUAAUGUUAUAACUGAUGACACUAAGGCUGCUUUGAAGAAUUUAUUUGGCAAGGUUAUGGAUGAGUUGAAUGCAAAAGAAGCUAAUGAGAUUCUGGUGCGAACAUGUCCACAAGAAAGUAAUAAUAUUUCAAAGAUGGCAACAAGAUCUACAAAUGCUUCCAAUGUGUCUGGUGGGAAAAGUUCAAAUCCAGCUGAGAUCAGACAAAUUUUAAUAUAUCCUCCGGGCAAAGGUGGUAUUCCUAUAAAUACAGAAGACUAUAUGUGUUUAGCCCAAGAUCAAUUCUUAAAUGAUGUAAUAAUUGAUUUCUACCUAAAACACUUAGUUCAUGAUGUAUUAACCGCCAGUCAGAGAGAAAAGACUCAUAUUUUUAGUACUUUCUUUUACAAAAGAUUAACUACAAAACCAAGCAAAGUAAAUAAAAGUUCAAAUCCACAUGAAUGGGAUAGCAGUUUGACACCAGCACAAAAACGACAUGCCAGAGUCAAAACGUGGACAAAGAAUGUUAAUAUUUUUGAGAAAGACUUCAUUGUAGUUCCUAUUAAUGAAAACUGCCAUUGGUUUGUGGCAAUAAUAUGUUUUCCAAGUUUAGAUGGUUGUCGUAGUAUGAUUGAUAAUAGAAUUGUCACCCCACAAGCAAUAAGGCGAAAAGAACGUAAAUCAUCUAUGCAAAUAGGAAGCACAACAAUUACACCUCUAACAAAACAGGAACAACUGACAUUGAAUUGUGACUCAGAUAAUUUAAGUGAGCGGGAUGAGGCUGAGGCUGAAGAAAGUGACUUAGAUAUGCAGUGUGAUUCAGAUGAAGAUGAGACAGAAAAAACGGUGGAAAAGAAGCCAGAUCUACCUGUCGUCAGAAAGAAUGAACCAAUAAAACACCCCUGUAUUUUAAUUUUUGAUUCACUUGCUGGAGCUUCAAGAUCAAGGGUUGUAGCUACUUUGCGCGAUUACCUGACUUGUGAAUAUCAAGCAAAGGUGUCAAGACAUAAAAUUUUUAAUAAAGACAAUAUCAAAGGGAGCUGUCCCAAAAUUCCCCAACAAAAUAACUUUACAGACUGUGGUUUAUAUCUUUUACAGUAUGUUGAACAUUUUUUUAAGGAUCCAAUAUUGGAUUAUGCUCUGCCCAUAAAACAAUUGGCAAAUUGGUUUGAUGAAAUUGUUGUAACAAGGAAAAGAGAAGAAAUCUCAAAUCUGCUAAAAUCCUUAAUGCACACAUACAAUCCAGAUUCGCAUUUAACAUUACCUGAAAUCACAUUCCCUACUUUAAAUGGCAAAUUGAUUGAAAAUGAAGAUCAGCAAGAAGAUGGUCCUGAGAAUGAAAAGGGUGGGUCAAGCAAAGAACAAAAAGUUGAAACUAGAAACUCAGAAGGCCCUACAUUAACUUUUUUAAAGCAAAUGCCUACUGGAGAUAUUUUAUUAAAAAGAAACUUUGCUGAUUCAUCAGAUACAAUACAUUUAAGAAAGACAAUAAGGCUUUCAAGUGACUCCGAAAAUAGAUCUGUGGUUCAUUUUAAACCAGAAUUUAUAAAAAAAGGUGAUAAUGAAAAUCAAAUAACAAUAAAAUUGCACUCUAGUGAUUUGGUUAAAGACAUUCAAAAUACUUUAAUAGUUAAUAAGAAUAAAACUAUGGGUGAUAAAAAACAUGGUGUACAUAAUCAGAAUGUAUCCAAUGUUAAUUGUGUUCGUCAGAGUGUUAGUGAAAGUGAGAACUCAUUUCUUAAAGCAAGAAGAAUAAACAAACUUGAGGAUUUAGUGACUGAAACUAGUAAAAAGUUUAAAAAGAAUGAAUUCUGAACAGUUGUCUGUCCACUUUACCCACUAUUAAAUUAUUUUUAAUUUAAUAAAAUGUAUAGUUGUUUUAUGACUUUUGUAAAUAUUAGUUAAUGCUAUUUACUUUUUAGACAAUGUAUGUAUCUGUUUUAUAAAUAUUAAUGUAAAGAUUUAAAGUUUAAAACUGUAUAAUACUAGCUUCUGUAUUAAACUGGUAGAAGAAAUAUA